UAGUUUCUGUUUUCCCUAUAUUUGUAGUGUGUGAGACAGUAUUUGGUGGUAAUGAUAGCAGAAGGAAAUGUACUGUCUAUAACUUGUCCUGAUGCUCAAUGUAGAAAACAAGGAAAAAUUCUGUUCCCAGAGGUUAAGAAACUUGUUGAUGAUAAAAGCUUUACUAGAUACCGGAAAAUAAGAUACCAGAAAGAGGUUGAUCUUGACCCUCACAGAACAUUUUGUCCAGAAGCAGGUUGUGAGACAGUAUGUCAUGUAUGUAGUACAUCUACCAGUGAUGCUAUAACAAGACCUACACCAGUUGAUUGCCCUACUUGUGGUCUACAGUUUUGUUCAGUGUGUAAAUCAAGGUGGCAUCAUGCAAAGUCCUGUGAUGAAGUUAUUAUGUCUGGAAGAUUAGAGGAUCAGGGAAUUCCAUUUAAUUGUGUAGAGAAUUCUGAAAUCAAGCGUUGUCCGGUUUGCCAUGUACCUAUAGAAAGAAACGAUGGUUGUGCUCAGAUGAUGUGUAAACGUUGUAAACAUGUGUUCUGUUGGUACUGUCUCACUUCACUCGAUGAUGAUUUUUUAUUAAGACACUAUGACAAGGGACCAUGUAAGAACAAGCUGGGACAUUCUCGAGCAUCUGUGAUAUGGCACAGGACACAAGGUUAUAGGCAUCUUUGCUGGUUUUGGAGUUCUUUUACUUGUUGCCUCACCAUUCCUGUUGCUUGCGGCACCCGCAUACUAUAUGCUGUAAAUGUAAAGUAUGUAAGUGCUGUGAAGAUGAUGACGGGGAACCAGUAUCCACCUAAACACCAUCAAGUGACUUAA